AAUGAAGGGGAUGGAGCAUUCUAUGGACCAAAGAUAGAUAUCAGUGUAUCUGAUGCGUUAAGUAUAAAAUUCCAGUGUGCAACUCUACAGGUUUACCCUGUUUGGCUUUACUUGCUUGCAUUCACAUGGUUCAGUUGUUAACUAUUUUUACUGAUAAUUGGAUAAACUGGCUCCUUGCAGCAUGACUUACAGCUUCCUGAUCGUUAAGUUGGAAUUCUCGAUUGAGGAUGAAGCCAAAAUUGAGAGGUUCACCAAAAAUCUUUUUCCUUUGUAUCUUAACGAAGGAUAUACCUUGAUUUCCUUAAUACAUGUUGUUUGAUCCUAGUUGUUGGAUACUCAUUGGGAGUCUUUUGUUUAUGUUCGGCGAACAAUCCGGACUCUCGUUCAAGCUUCUAUUUGGAACACGUCUAGUGCUGGUGCCUGGUCUUGACGCAUAUGUAUUGUCUCGCUCAAAAAUUACUUGGCUCUGGACCUUCUUUUUUGCCCAUGACUGUAAACCAAACACAAAGAGGAAGUGACAGUAAGAUUCUUGAUGAGCCGUGCUCAUCGGAUGGCGUGCAUGAAGUUGAAUUGCUUAUACCAUUUUUGAGUAAUAGUUCUAUUGAAGCAUACAGCCAAAAAGAUGUUUCUGGUAUUCUUUCCUUUAGUGGUACAGUAUGUUCUUUUGCGUACCUGAAUUCAAAAGAGCCAAUUUCACAAGCUGUUACUGAUUUGAAGAAAAGAAUGCAACCUUCCAUUUCCUAGAAGAGUUUUUGCACCAUGGUUAGCGGGGACAUAUGUGUGCGAUUACUUGCAGCCUUCUGAGACAGUUGAGGUUUUAAAAGAUCACUGUAUGGAGUUGUUAUCCAUGGAAGCUCCAACCGAGGUCUCUACAAUUUUGGAGCCAGAAAAAAAAGUCAUAUCAUUCAAAACUAAAUCUUUCUGGGAUGUAGCAAUACCCUCUUAUUCAGAAACUCACCUCGUGGAGGACAAGUUGAAACUUGAUGGCAGAGGAGAGAGUUCUAGUAAUAAAUCGGCGAAGUCAGGUCAAAUUAGUGUUGUAGCUGCUGGUCUCAUCAUUCUACUAUCUAAAGCAAUACCCUUAAGCGGUGAUGGCUUUAUCUCUGCAUAAAUUCUCUCAUCUCUCCAACACGAAUGCACAAUUCACGUAGUUUCCAAAACUGCAUAACUUUUAUACUUUCAAACUUUACAGCAGCCGGUUUGGAAUUUGUUUUUGAAGGAAUGAGGAAGAUCCUUGCCUGGUAUCAACAGCAGUAACAAAAUCAUCAUCAUGUAUUUGUGGAUUAUGGAAAAUUUAAUUUCAAUUUUAUCGCGAUAAUAGCAAGAUAUAUAUCAGACUUAAAAAAUGAAGGUAUAAAUAUCAUUUGUAUAAUGGUGAAAUAAGAUGCAAUGUUUGCUAUAUGCUCUUAAAACACAGUUUCCUCUGUUUGUCUUUAA